AUGUUUCUUUGCGUAGUUUGUUACCAGUGAUGAAGACGACGGCUGAGACACCCGCGGCGGCCCCGGUCGCGGCCGCAGCUUUCUACGAUUUCGCUUGGGGGCCGUCCCCCUCGAUCGGAAGCAGCGGCGGAGGUGACUCGCCACCUAAGGCGCGGGUCACCCCGGACUUCAGCCCCCCGCUCAUCGCCAUGGUCGCCGUCGUCGGCACCGCUAUCCUCAUCGUGCUCUACGCUGGGGUGGUCUCCCGGCAUCUGAGCCGGCUACACCGCCGCUGGCGGAGGUGGAGGCGGCGACGGCGGCUCCUCCAGUCGACGGCCUCUGUCUCCGACUUGGAAUCGCCCCAGCCCUUCGGCGGCGUCGGCGCUGCCUCCUUCGACUCGUCCGAGAUCUUUCUCUCAGCCUACGGCCUCGACGAUGCGGCGAUCAAGGCGCUGCCGGUGUCGCUCUUCUCGCGGACCAAAGCCAAGCACCUGGCCGCCACCAAUCGGGAGUGCGCGGUGUGCUUGCUGGAGUUCGAAGAUGAUGAUGCGCUCCGCACGCUGCCGCUGUGCGCCCACGCCUUCCACACGGAUUGCAUCGACGUGUGGCUCCGCUCCCACGCCACCUGCCCUCUCUGCCGCGCCGCCGUGCUCCUCCUCCGCGAGAUCCCUCCGUUCGCCCCAAUCCGCGCCGCCCGGAUCCGCCCCAGCCUCGAUGACAUUUUCCUUGUCGAUCCCCCGAUUCUGACCGCGGUAAACCCUAACGACACCGCCGCAAUGCCGCCGGAGCAACCCGAUCGCGAGAUCGCGGUCUCUUCAGAGGUGUCCCCUGCCCGCGCCGUCGGCCCGCGGGAUUUCCUCCUCAAACGAUCCUACUCCGACGGCUUCGACCGGGGUAUGGAGGCGGAUCGGAUGGUUCUAGAACCAUCAACAGCGUCUCCGUGGCGGCAUCGCCACGGGCGAGUAGGGGGUUUCUGGAGCAAGCGUUGGCCGUCUCCUUUCUGCGGGUCCUCCGCGUCGCGGGUGUUCUCCUUCCGCUCCUCCCGUCUCGCCAAAUCCCCGGCCUUCUUCAAGCGCCGCGGGUUCUUCCCGCUCUCAUCGGAGCCCAGCGGGCGGCUGAGCUUCGGCGCGGGGCCGUCGGCGCGGAGGAGCAGGUCGAUGACGAGCCCAUCGUCGAUAUCGCUGUCCGUGCGAGCGGCGGCUCUGCCGUCGUCGUCGUUGUCGGCGGCGUUUUCCUCCAGUCGGAUGCGGUGCGGGGACCCGGAGGCGCUGCUGUCGCCGGACCGGUUGAAAUAGCCAACGUCGGCCGGCGGUGGCCGGAGGAUGCAAUGUGGCGGGAGAGAGAAGGUGGAUGGUGAUGAGGUGGAGCUCCUUAAUGGCGGUCGCAUGCCUCAAUUUAAUGAGCUGCCUGCUCGCUUUUAAUGGCGGAGGGAGAGAUCAAGCGAAGGGAUGUGGAAGUGGGCGACGGGCUGUUGGUGCUCAUAAAUGCAGCUACUAUUUGAAUGGUGGCACGUGAUAGACUCGUGACAAAUGGCUGGCUUUUCCAGUCAACGGAUAAGAGAAAUUCUUCUUUUUUGACGGUGCCUUUCUUCUGUACACCCCUGUUUCCUGCACCCGCCUUCCUAUUUGUCCCCAGCAAUUAGACCCUUUUUACGACGGCAUGGGGGCCGCACUCAUAGGAUUAGUCAAUUAUUUGGAUACUCCUAGUGGGUUAUGCUGUUGGUGACUUGGCGGGAGAUUGUGACAUAUAUCCGUGAAUGUGGACUCAGUGGGAAUGAAGACAUCGCCGUUUAAAAGAAACAUUAGACUAUUUUGCCACCUUGCCAUGAGGGACUACUGGACUAGGGUACAUAUGUUAUUGCAACUUACAACAUGGCCAUGGUAAAAAGAUUGCAGCCACUCCGGAUUCCG